AAUACUCCUUAUUGUUUCUGUCUUCACUAAUCUAGUCGUGACUUUACUAUUGGAAUUAUUUUGUAUCUAAAGAGGAUAUUUCUGGAGUGUAAAUACACUUUCACUGAUGGUUUGGACAGAAAACCCCGUAUUUGUCAUGAUGGGACAUCAGUGAAAGGUUAUUACUGUCUUUUAGGGUGUUUGAAAGGAACGGUGGCACUUCCUCAGCAGAGUGACUCAUUGUGCUUAAUAACGGUGAAGAUCAGCCGUGAUUCCUCCGUAUAGUCACUUCUCAUUUGAGUCAUGUCGUUUCGGAGGGCAGCCAGACUGGUGUGCGGGUUCGCCGGCGGUUCUGCGGUGCUGGUGUUCGCGGCGGUCGUUGCAGACAAGCACGGAUACUUGAGAGAGCGUUUUCGCCUCAGAGAGACCCCGACUGCCUUGCAUGCAGCAUGGCUCGCUGCGAACGGCUGGGACUAUAACUGGGACAAACGUGACCCCUCCUCUACGGUAAAUGGGAAGAGAAAGGAAAGGGCUGGUGACAGCGGAAGUCCAGACACUGAGAACAACAAACCCAAAGCCACGCGUCACAUCUUCCUCAUCCGACACUCUCAGUACAACCUCAAUGGGAACGGAGACAAAGAGAGAGUCCUCACUCCUUUAGGCCGUGAACAGGCUGAGUUGACGGGACAAAGGUUAGCAGUACUUGGACUAAAGUAUGACCUGCUCAUCCACUCCUCUAUGACUAGAGCUACAGAGACAGCCAACAUCCUCAGCAAAUACCUGCCAGAGGUGGAGCUUGUGAGCUGUGAUAUGCUGCGAGAGGGUGCACCCAUAGAGCCAGUACCUCCCGUCGGUCACUGGAAACCUGAGGCUGUGCAGUACCAUGAGGACGGCGCACGGAUCGAGGCAGCAUUCCGCCGCUACAUCCACCGAGCUGACGCCAAACAGAAGGAGGACAGCUAUGAGAUUAUCGUCUGUCAUGCCAAUGUCAUCCGCUAUUUUGUGUGCAGGGCUCUGCAGUUUCCUCCAGAGGGCUGGCUGAGGAUGGGCCUUAACAAUGGCAGCAUAACCUGGCUAACAAUUCGGCCCAGUGGCCGAGUGGCUCUCAGAGCGCUGGGAGACUCUGGCUUCAUGCCUCCGGAUAAACUCACCCAGACUUGACAUCCUCAGUCUAUACCAUCAUGGCCUCAAUACAGACUAGACUGAAGAAUGAGUGAAGUUGACAGCUGUUAGAGGUGCAAAGUGUCAGGAAAUUUCUUAAUGUUCUCCUAAAUGCCUCCUGAAAUUUUGAAAUACCUUUUAGAUUGACAAAAUUCCAGAAUCUUUAGAAUUUAUUUGGGUUAGUUCUCCCAAAAAUGAAAAUUCUGUUGCCAUUUACUCACCCACGUCACUCCAAAUAUGUAUGAAUUUCUUCAGUGGAAAGAAGUUUUGAAAAGUGUUUAUACUGCUCUUUUUUUCAUACAUUGAAAAUAAAUGUGGACUGAGGCUGUCAGUUAUAUUCAGCCUAAAAUGUCUUUGUGUUCCAUGGAUGAAAGUCAUAUGGGUUUGGAACAACAUGAGGGUGUGUAAAUAAAAACAAUUGAAAUUUUUGGGUGAACUAUUCUUAUAAGUGAUUUGGGAUGAGUUUCAUACUUACAUCUAUGCAUUUGGCAGAUGCUUUUAUCCAAAGCGACUUACAGUAUACUUAUUACAGGGACAAUACCCCCGGAGCAACCUGGAGUUAAGUGCCUUGCUCAAGCACACAAUGGUGGUGGCUGUGGGGAUCGAACCAGCAACCUCAUGUGCCAGUUAUGUGCUUUAGCCCACUGAGCCACCACCUCCUACUUCUGCUUACUGUAAGUCUUGUUAGUUGAUAAGUAAUCGUGCAAAGCUGCACUUUAGGAGAACAUUACUGGGAAAAUUUCUUUCUUUGCAACCCUACUAUCUUUUGUUCUGGUGAUCAGUUCUCCAUAAGUGUAAUUAUUUUGUAUUUUUAUUUUUAAGUAAGCAAGUGAAGGGAUAUUGAUAUGUCUUCUAUUUGACACGAACACUCCUGUGCCACGCUUUGUCAUCUGUAACUGUGAUGGACAGGUGAUAUUAACCAGCAAGUGUACUUUUUUAUAUGUUUAAAACAAGGUGUCUUUUUCCAGGAGUGUUAAGCAAACUCUGGAGGCCUUGUCGUGACAAUUGGUGUCUUAUGCACUGUUUACAUGGAAUCAUGUUUAUGAAUAUUUUAAAGUUAGUGUGUGAAUUUUUCUGCUAAAUUAUGAGAAUUGAGAGGUCGAUUAUGACUCGAUUAUUAAUGUUGUUCAGUUGUGUUAGUCCGUUUGUAUUGUCAGACGAUGGCUGAGUGAAUUUUAAAAAAAAUAUACGGGUCACAAAAUAAAAAUAGAAAAAUACAAAUAUAUAUUUUUGCAUGAAGAAAAUAAAGCCUGUUUUUAGGACCAUUAACUUUGCAUUGUAACAUUAUUUUAAUAAAAAAUAAGCACAUUUCA